CUGUAAACUCAGAAUAAGCAAAUAUCCCUUCUCAUAAACACUGUCUGACUGCUAGUGUUCAAAGCAGUCCAAUGUGUGUGGGUGGGGUCUAAGAGUCAGCAAAUAUCCCUGGGUGGUGUGGUUGGUAUCUUUAAAUGGUGAAGAACACAUUUCCUGCUUCCCAGUCACCAUGAUAGGGUCUGUGAUGUUGUUGCUCUUUUUCCUCCUUCUGUUCUUCUUCAUCAGGGUCCGCCGACCUAAAAACUUCCCCCCAGGACCCCGUCCCCUGCCCAUCCUCGGCAAUCUGCUACAGCUGGACCCUGUCAACCCCCUCAAAGACCUGGAAAGGGUAAGAGAACUUUACAAAAAAUCCACAAACCUGGAAAAGUUUGGUUUACACUCGGUUGAUUUGUGUGUCAUAUACUGUAUGUUGUCAGUGAUUGAAUAGUUAACAGUAAUUUUGGUUUUGUUUGAAGUUGCCCAAACUGUGUGAACCAAUAUAUGUUUUUGUAGCGUCCUCACAGACCUUUUAGCUUGAACAAACAACAUAUAUUUUUUUACAAGACUUUCAACUAAAGCAGCUUAGAUACUAACUAAAAUGCUAUUGUGAUUCAUGUCAGAACAGCAACAGCCACUAAACUGUGAUUGAUCCUAGAAUAGGUCAGAUUCCGACAGGUUCCAUCAGGCCUAAAUCAACAUGCACUGUGACUUUUGAAACAAAGUCCACUUAGUUCAGUGUGUUUAGAGAUACAGUAUCAUUCAUUGACAACCCUCAAAAGGUUAUUGAUGGGGAUUUGUUUUAUUACAGAAGUUUGUUCAUCGAUAUUAAUUUAACCCAGAUAGAGAAGGAGUGUCAAUGAUACAAUACAAUAACUUUUCACAGGAGGUUGGUGGCACCUUAAUUGGGGAGGACGGGCUCGUAAUAGGUGGAAUGGUAUCAAAUUCAUCAUUCCAUUCGCUCCGUUCCAGCCAUUAUUAUGAGCCGUCCUCCCCUCAGCAGCCUCCGCUGGAACUGUCAGUAGUUGGAUGCUAUGGUUUAGUCUCAUCUUCAGAUGUGUCUGACUUGUCACACAACUUACUGUUCGGCUUGGGAACUUUCUCUCCCUCUCUCUACCUCUGUGUUUCAGCUGAAGAGGCGCUAUGGUAACGUGUUCAGUCUGUACAUCGGAUCACGGCCUGUCGUAGUUCUGAAUGGCCUUGAGGCGGUUCGUGAGGCACUGGUGACGCGCACAGCGGAAUUUUCAGGACGACCAAACCAUCUCAUGAUCAGCGACAUCACAGAAGGCAAAGGUAUUGAGUUCUUGAUCCCUAGUAUCCCCUAGGCUGGUCCUGGGUCAGUUUUAUAAUUUGUGAUAUAAUAUUGGUGUAGGUAGAGGUGGCCUUAAAUCAGUUUAGAUGAUGCAGAGCACAAACACACACUGCCUUGUCGGUACUGUGUGAACUGCGUAUGUAUCAGUGGAGGCUGCUGAGGGGAGGACGGCUCAUAGUAAUGGCUGGAAUGGAGUCAAAGGAAUGGUAUCAACCACAAGGAAACAACAUCUUUGAUACCAUUCCAUUGACUCCAUUCCAGACAUUAUUAUGAGCCGUCCUCCCCUCAGCAGCCUCCACUGGUAUGUAUGUAUGUGUGUGUGUGUGUGUAUCUAACAGAUGUGAUCAUACAUCGUAACUCUCUUGCGUUGUGUUCUUAAAGAAAUUCCCAGCCAGUUAAUUGGUGUUUACUCACUUGCACACAGACUGUAUAUCAGACGGGGCAUUUUGAAAUCAAACAUCAUAACAAUGACAAAAAUAGUACAAAAUACAAUAGGUACCACAUAUACACAUAUACAUAUACAGCGCAUUCUGAAAGUAUUCAGACCCCUUGACUUUUUCCACAUUUUGUUAUGUUACAGCCUUAUUCUAAAAUUGAUUAAAUUGUUUUUUUCCCUCAACAAUCUACACACAUUACCUCAUAAUGACAAAUCAAAAAUGGGUUUUUAGACAUUUUUGCAAAUUUAUAGCAAAUAGAAAAUGGAAAGAUCACAUUUACAUACAGUACCAGUCAAAAGUUUGGACACACCUACUCAUUCAAGGGUUUUUCUUUAUUUUUACUAUUUUUACCUUGUAGAAUAAUAGUGAAGACAUCAAAACUAUGAAAUAACACAUAUGGAAUCAUGUAGUAACCAAAAAAGUGUUAAACAAAUCAGAAUAUAUUUUAUAUUUGAGAUUCUUCAAAUAGCCACCCGUUGCCUUGAUGACAACUUUGCACACUCUUGGCAUUCUCUCAACCAGCUUCACCUGGAAUGCUUUUCCAAGAGUCUUGAAGGAGUUCCCACAUAUGCUGAGCACUUGUUGGCUGCUUUUCCUUCACUCUGCCAUCUGACUCAUCCCAAACCAUCUCAAUUGGGUUGAGGUCAGGGGAUUGUGGAGGCUAGGUCAUCUGAUGCAGCACUCCAUCACUCUCAUUCUUGGUCAAAUAGCCCUUACACAGCCUGAAGGUGUGUUGGGUCAUUGUCCUGUUGAAAAACAAAUGAUAGUCCCACUAAGCCCAAACCAGAUGGGAUGGCAUAUCGCUGCAGAAUGCUGUGGUAGUCAUGCUGGUUAAGUGUGCCUUGAAUUCUAAAUAAAUCACAGACAGUGUCACCAGCAAAGCACCCCCACACCAUAACACCUCCUCCUCCAUGCUUUACAGUGGGAACUACACAUGCGGAGAUCAUCCGUUCACCCACACCGCGUCUCACAAAGACACGGCGGUUUGAACCAAAAAAUCUUAAAUUUCCAUCCUUUCCUUUGGCUGUCCUCAUGAGAGCCAGUUUCAUCAUAGCACUUGAUGGUUUUUGCGACUGCACUUGAAGAAACUUUCAAAGUUCUUGAAAUGUUUCCGUAUUGACUGACCUUCAUGUCUUAAAGUAAUGAUGGACUGUCGUUUCGCUUUCCUUAUUUGAGCUGUUCUUGUCAUAAUAUGACACUUGAAACCCUACCUCUUUAAGGAAUACCUGGAAUAGUAUAAAGUAAUCCUUCUACCCCCCCCCCCCCUCCUCCCCCACCCCUUCAUAAAAAAAAGAAAGAAGAAAAGUGGUUGUCCCACUGGCUAUCAUAAGUUGAAUGCACCAAUUUGUAAGUUGCUCUGGAUAAGAGCGUCUGCUAAAUUAUGUAAAUGUAAAUGUAAAUAAUAUGGACUUGGUCUUUUACCAAAUAGGGCUGUCUUCUGUAUACCCCCCCUACCUUGUCACAACACAACUGAUUGGAUCAAACGCAUUAAGAAGGAAAGAAAUUCCACAAAUUAACUUUUAACAAGGCACACCUGUUAAUUGAAAUGCAUUCCAGGUGACUACCUCAUGAAGCUGGUUGAGAGAAUGCCAAGAGUGUGCAAAGCUGUCAUCAAGGCAAAGGGUGGCUACUUUGAAGAAUCUCAAAUAUAAAAUAUGUUUUGAUUUGUUAAUACUUUUGUGGUUACUACAUGAUUCCAUACAUGUUAUUUCAUAGUUUUGAUGUCUUCACUAUUAUUAUACAAUGUAGAAAAUAGUAAAAAUAAAGAAAAAUCCUGGAAUGAGUAGGUGUGUCCAAUAUUUUUGACUGGUACAGUAUAUAUAUCAAGCAUAUGUAGACGUCAGGAAAUUUACAUAGUGAACUUGUACACAUUGUAAUAUUAUACAGUAUUUCAGAGCGUGACCUACUGCUUGCAUGUCAAUAUCAGACUGGGAAGAACUGACGUUCGCAAUCUCCCCCUAUCUGCAAGCAUAGCCAAUGACAAUACACCUUAUUGGCAUCUGACUUGAACCAACCAAUAGAAACACAUAAACAUUGAAUACAUAUUUCUGCAGUGGCAAGUGGAAACAUAACCAACCCUGUUACAUGUGUUUAUCAGGGGUCAUCAUGGCAGAUUUUGGCUCCAGCUGGAGGGACCACCGGCGCUUUGCUCUGACCACGCUGAGAAACUUUGGUCUGGGCAAACGCUCCAUGGAAGAGCGCAUCCUCGAGGAGGUCUCCCACAUCUGCUCUGAGCUGGAACGCAAUGCUGGUACAGCCACACACACACAACGUACCACAUAGUCAUCACCAUACAUGUUAUUGUCAUUAUCACCACAUAGUCAGUAUCCAGACUAAAAUUCCACAAUAUCAACCAAUUAUCGUUACAAUAUUUACAAUACUGUGUUAACAUUGGGUAUAAAGAAUGUGGUGAUUUUUUACUCUAUCUAUCCUAUCAGUGUGUUCAAUACAGAAGCUCUAUUAUCGGUGCUCUUCUCUUGUCUGUGUGUAUUGCCUGGUUCGGUGAUCGUUGCUGUGUCCUAGCAGGCAGUUCGAUGGACCCUCAGCACUUGUUCCAUCUAGCGGCGUCGAACAUCAUCUGCUCACUGAUUUACGGGGAAAGGUUUGAAUACGACAACCCGGUCUUCCUCACCCUCAUCAGUAGGAUACAGGAUUUAACCAAAAUUGCUAUCGGACCUUGGGCCAUGGUACAGAACACUAUUAUCACUACUGCUGCUGCUACUCCACUACUUUUAAUUGAAAUAAUAUAUAUAUAUAUAUAAUAGAAAACCAGGGUCGUUCCACCAAUAGAGUGCCUUUUAUGUCCCUCAGACAUUAUGUGUGUACAUUUUUAUGAAACACUCAAUUGAACAGUUCGAUCACAUACAUCUAUUCUCUAACUAAACUAAUCCAUGUAAAAAUAAUCCAAUAGCAGUGUGUUUUCAUUCAAAUAAGUUAUUUGUUUUCUCUGGAAAUCCCCAUUUUGGGAUGUACCACGUCACGUUUACCCAACUUCUAGGGAAGCCCAACAUUUUUCAAGUUGCACCAUCAUCAAAUCAAAUAACAUUUUACUGGUCGCGUACACAUACAGUACCAGUCAAAAGUUUGGACACACCUACUCAUUCAAGGGAAUUUCUUUAUUUCUACUAUUUUUUACGUUGUAGAAUAAUAGUGAAGACAUCAAAACUAUGAAAUAACACAUAUGGAAUCAUAUAGUAACCCAAAAAGUGUUAAACAAAUCAAAAUAUAUUUUAUAUUUGAGAUUCUUCAAAUAGCCACCCCUUGCCUUGAUGACAGCUUUGCACACUCUUGGCAUUCUCUCAACCAGCUUCACCUGGAAUGCUUUUCCAAGAGUCUUGAAGGAGUUCCCACAUAUGCUGAGCACUUGUUGGCUGCUUUUCCUUCACUCUGCCGUCUGACUCAUCCCAAACCAUCUCAAUUGGGUUGAGGUCGGGGGAUUGUGGAGGCCAGGUCAUCUGAUGCAGCACUCCAUCACUCUCCUUCUUGGUCAAAUAGCCCUUACACAGCCUGGAGGUGUGUUGGGUCAUUGUCCUGUUGAAAAACAAAUGAUAGUCCCACUAAGCCCAAACCAGAUGGGAUGGCAUAUCGCUGCAGAAUGCUGUGGUAGUCAUGCUGGUUAAGUGUGCCUUGAAUUCUAAAUAUAGCACAGACAGUGUAACCAGCAAAGCACCCCCACACCAAAACACCUCCUCCUCCAUGCUUUACAGUGGGAACUACACAUGCGGAGAUCAUCCGUUCACCCACACCGCGUCUCACAAAGACACAGCGGUUUGAACCAAAAAAUCUCAAAUUUGGACUCCAGACCAAAGGACACAUUUCCACCGGUAUAAUGUCCAUUGCUCAUGUUUCUUGGCCCAAGCAGGUCUCUUCUUCUUAUUGGUGUCCGUUAGUAGUGGUUUCUUUGCAGCAAUUCGAACAUGACCAUUUUUUAUUUCAAAAUUAUUUUAUAUUUAACCAUUUUCAGGUCUUGCCAUAGACUUCAAGUAGAUUUAAGUCAAAACUGUAACUCGGCCACUCAGGAACAUUCACUGUCUUCUUGGUAAGCAACUCCAGUGUAGAUUUGGCCUUGUGUUUUAUCUUAUUGUCCUGCUGAAAGGUGAAAUCAUUUUCCAGUUUCUGGUGGAAAGCAUACUGUACCAGGUUUUCAUCUAGGAUUUUGCUCCAUUCUGUUUAUUUUUUAUCCUUAAAAAUUCCCCAGUCCUUAACAAUUACAAGCAUGCCCAUAACAUGAUGCAGCCACUAAUUGGCUUGAAAAUAUGGAGAGUGGUAGUCAGUAAUGUGUUGUAUUGGAUUUGCCCCAAACAUAACACUUUGUAUUCAGGACAAAAAAUGAAUUGCUUUGCCACAUUUCUUGCAGUAUUACUUUAGUGCCUUGUUGCAAACAGGAUGCAUGUUUUUGAAUAUUUUUAUACUAUACUAUACUAUACAGGCUUCUUUCUUUUCACUCUGUCAAUUAGGUUAGUAUUGUGGAGUAACUACAAUGUUGUUGAUCCAUCCUCAGUUUUCUCCUAUCACAGCUAUUAAACUCUGUAACUGUCUGAUGGCGCCGGAGGGGAUGGCUGCCGUUUUACGGGCUCCUAACCAAUUGUGCUAUUCUGUGUGUUUUUUUGCAUUGUUUGUCACUUUUUUUGUACUUAAUGUUUCUGCCACUGUCUCUUAUGAUCGAAAAGAGAUUCUGGACAUCAGAACAGCGAUAACUCACCUCGGACUGGACGAAGAUGUUUUCUUUAACGAAUCGGAGGUGAAAGAUUUACAGCUCCUCCGGACCAGGCCCAAAUCCCCGUCAUUUGCAUGAAGAGGAGAUGCCGAUUCAGGGGGCGCAGAUCUGGAUGCUUGGUGAGAAUUCGUCGGAGAGUAGAUAAUCCACCUUCACCAUCCGUCCUACUGGCGAACGUGCGAUCACUGGCGAAUAAACUGGAUGAGCUCCGUUCGAGACUAUCCUACCAACGGGACAUUAAAAACUGUAAUAUCUUAUGUUUUACGGAGUCGUGGCUGAACGAGGACAUGGAUAAUAUACAGUGGGGAAAAAAAGUAUUUAGUCAGCCACCAAUUGUGCAAGUUCUCCCACUUAAAAAGAUGAGAGAGGCCUGUAAUUUUCAUCAUAGGUACACGUCAACUAUGACAGACAAAAUUAGAUUUAAAAAAAAUAAAAAAUCACAUUGUAGGAUUUUUAAUAAAUUUAUUUGCAAAUUAUGGUGGAAAAUAAGUAUUUGGUCAAUAACAAAAGUUUCUCAAUACUUUGUUAUAUACCCUUUGUUGGCAAUGACACAGGUCAAACGUUUUCUGUAAGUCUUCACAAGGUUUUCACACACUCUUGCUGGUAUUUUGGCCCAUUCCUCCAUGCAGAUCUCCUCUAGAGCAGUGAUGUUUUGGGGCUGUCGCUGGGCAACACGGACUUUCAACUCCCUCCAAAGAUUUUCUAUGGGGUUGAGAUCUGGAGACUGGCUAGGCCACUCCAGGACCUUGAAAUGCUUCUUACGAAGCCACUCCUUCGUUGCCCGGGCGGUGUGUUUGGGAUCAUUGUCAUGCUGAAAGACCCAACCACGUUUCAUCUUCAAUGCCCUUGCUGAUGGAAGGAGGUUUUCACUCAAAAUCUCACGAUACAUGGCCCCAUUCAUUCUUUCCUUUACACGGAUCAGUCGUCCUGGUCCCUUUGCAGAAAAACAGCCCCAAAGCAUGAUGUUUCCAACCCCAUGCUUCACAGUAGGUAUGGUGUUCUUUGGAUGCAACUCAGCAUUCUUUGUCCUCCAAACACGACGAGUUGAGUUUUUACCUAAAGAGUUCUAUUUUGGUUUCAUCUGACCAUAUGACAUUCUCCCAAUCCUCUUCUGGAUCAUCCAAAUGCACUCUAGCAAACUUCAGACGGGCCUGGACAUGUACUGGCUUAAGCAGGAGGACACGUCUGGCACUGUGGAUUUGAGUCCCUGGCGGCGUAGUGUGUUACUGAUGGUAGGCUUUGUUACUUUGGUCCCAGCUCUCUGCAGGUCAUUCACUAGGUCCCCCCGUGUGGUUCUGGGAUUUUUGCUCACCGUUCUUGUGAUCAUUUUGACCCCACGGGGUGAGAUCUUGCGUGGAGCCCCAGAUCGAGGGAGAUUAUCAGUGGUCUUGUAUGUCUUCCAUUUCCUAAUAAUUGCUCCCACAGUUGAUUUCUUCAAACCAAGCUGCUUACCUAUUGCAGAUGCAGUCUUCCCAGCCUGGUGCAGGUCUACAAUUUUGUUUCUGGUGUCCUUUGACAGCUCUUUGAUCUUGGCCAUAGUGGAGUUUGGAGUGUGACUGUUUGAGGUUGUGGACAGGUGUCUUUUAUACUGAUAACAAGUUCAAACAGGUGCCAUUAAUACAGGUAACGAGUGGAGGACAGAGGAGCCUCUUAAAGAAGAAGUUACAGGUCUGUGAGAGCCAGAAAUCUUGCUUGUUUGUAGGUGACCAAAUACUUAUUUUCCACCAUAAUUUGCAAAUAAAUUCAUAAAAAAUCCUACAAUGUGAUUUUCUGGAUUUUUUUCCCCUCAAUUUGUCUGUCAUAGUUGACGUGUACCUAUGAUGAAAAUUACAGGCGUCUCUCAUCUGUUUAAGUGGGAGAACUUGCACAAUUGGUGGCUGACUAAAUACUUUUUUCCCCCACUGUACAGUUGGCUGGGUUUUCCGUGCAUCGGCAAGACAGAACAGCAACCUUCGCUAAGAUGAGAGGUGGUGGUCUGUGUCUAUUUGUCAAUGACAGCUGGUGCGCAAUCUCUAAUAUUAAUGAAGUCUCAAGGUUUUGCUCGCCUGAGGUAGAGUACCUCAUUAUAAGCUGUAUAACACACUAUUUACCAUAUUUGCAUAUAUAUUUUUCUUAGCUUUCAAGGAGCGGGACACUAAUCCGGAUGCUUAUAAGAAAUCCGCCAUGCCCUCCGACGAACCAUCAAAAAGGCAAAGCAGGACUAAGAUUGAAUCCUACUACACCGGCUCUGAAGCUCGUUGGAUAUGGCAGGGCUUGCAAACUAUUACGGAUUACAAAGGGAAACCCAGCCGUGAGCUGCCAAGUGACACAAGUAUCUAUAAAUCACUGCUAGGCAAAUCCCCGCCUUAUCUUAGCUCAUUGGUCACCAUAGCAACACCCACCCGUAGUAUGCGCUCCAGCAGGUAUAUCUCACUGGUCAUCCCCAAAGCCAACACCUCCUUUGGCCGCCAUUCCUUCCAGUUCUCUGCUGCCAAUGACUGGAACGAAUUGCAAAAAUAUCUGAAGCUGGAGACUCUUAUCUCCCUCACUAACUUUAAGCAUCAGUUGUCAGAGCACCUUACCGAUCACUGCACCUUUACACAGCCCAUCUGAAAUUAGACCACCCAACUACCUCAUCCCUAUAUUGUUAUUUAUUUUGCUCAUUUGCACCCCAGUAUCUCUAUUUGCACAUAAUCUCUUGCACAUCUAUCAUUCCAGUGUUAAUACUAAUUGUAAUUAUUUUUCACUAUAGCCUAUUUAUUGCCUUACCUCCAUAACUUGCUACAUUUGCACACACUGUAUAUAUAUUUUCUGUUGUAUUUUUUGACUUUAUGUUUUGUUUUACCCCAUAUGUAACUCUGUGUUGUUGUUUUUAUCGCACUGCUUCGCUUUAUCUUGGCCAGGUUGCAGUUGUAAAUGAGAACUUGUUCUCAACUGGCUUACCUGGUUAAAUAAAGGUGAAAAAAAUAAAAAAAUAAAACAAGUCUACCAGAUGAGCUAAAUGCCUUCUAUGCUCGCUUCGAGGCAAGCAACACUGAAUCAUGCAUGAGAGAACCAGCUGUUCCGGACGACUGUGUGAUCACGCUCGCCGUAGUCGAUGUGAGUAAGACCUUUAAACAGGUCAACAUUCACAAGGCCGCAGGGCCAGACGGAUUACCAGGACGCAUACUCAGCGCAUGCCCUGACCAACUGGAAAGUGUCUUCACUGACAUUUUCAACCUCUCCCUGACCGAGUCUGUAAUACCUACAUGUUUCAAGCAGACCAUCAUAGUCCCUGUGGCCAAGAACGCCAAGGUAACCUGUCUAAAUGACUACCGCCCUGUAGCACUCACAUCUGUAGCCAUGAAGUGCCUUGAAAGGCUGGUCAUGGCUCACAUCAACACCAUCAUCCCAGAAAACCUAGACCCACUACAAUUCGCAUACCGCCCCAACAGAUCCACAGAAGACUCCCCACUGUACUUACCCACCUGGAAGAAAGGAACAGCUAUGUGAGAAAAAUGUUCGUUGACUACAGCUCAGUGUUCAACACCAUAGUGCCCUCAAAGCUAAUCAUUAAGCUAAGGCCCCUUGGACUAAACAACUCCCUUUGCAACUGGAUCCUGGACUUCCUGAUGGGCCGCCCCCAGGUGGUAAGGGUAGGCAACAACACAUCUGCCAUGCUGAUCCUCAACAUGGGGGCCCCUCAGGGGUGCGUGCUUAGUCCCCUCCUGUACUACCUGUUCACCCACGACUGCGUGGCCACGCACGACUCCAACACCAUCAUUACGUUUGCCGACAAAACAAUUGGGGUAGGACUGAACACCGAUAACAAUGAGACAGCCUACAGGGAGGAGGUCAGAGACCUGGCAGUGUGGUGCCAAGACAACAACCUCUCCCUCAACGUGAGCAAGACAAAAUAGUUGAUCGUGGACUACAGGAAAAGGGGGGGCCGAGCACACCCUCAUUCACAUCGAUGGGGCUGUAGAGGAGGUCGAGAGCUUCAAGUUCCUUGGCGUCCAGAUCACUAACGAACUAUCAUGGUCCAAACACACCAAGACAGUCGUGAAGAGGGCAUGACAACGCCAAUUCCCCCUCAGGAGACUGAAAAUAUGGUAUGGGUCCUCAGAUACUCAAAAUGUUCUACACUAGGUCUACACUUGUUGUCUUCGGCACAUGUGACAAAUAAAAUUAGAUUAGAUUUGAUUAGAUUUUUAAGUCACCAUUGGCCUCAUGGUGAAAUUCCUGAGCGGUUUCCUUCCUCUCCGGGAUCUGAGUUAGGAAGGACGCCUGUGUCUUUGUAAUGACUGGGUGUAUUGAUACGCCAUCCAAAGUGUAAUUAAUAACUUCACCAGAGGAGGCUGGUGGGAGGCGCUAUAUGUGUUGAUAAAACGUAGUCUCCUGAGUUGGGCAGUGGUCUAAGGCACUGCAUCGCAGUGCUAACUGUGCCACUAGAGAUCCUGGUUCGAAUCCAGGCUCUGUCGCAGCCGGCCGCGACCGGGAGACUCAUGGGCGGCGCACAAUUGGCCCAGCGUCGUCCAGGGUAGGGGAGGGAAUGGCCGGCAGGGAUGUAGCUCAGUUGAUAGAGCAUGGCGUUUGCAACGCCAGGGUUGUGGGUUUGAUUCCCACGGGGGGCCAGUAUAAAAAAAUAUAUAUAUGUAUUCACUAACUGUAAGUCGCUCUGGAUAAGAGCAUCUGCUAAAUGACUAAAAUGUAAUUGUAAAGCCCUAGUUAUUUUGUUGCUUUGGGAAAGUAUUAUCUAAAGAUUCUUACUUAUUUACUGUGAUUAGUGAUUUUGUCAAUAUACAUAUACACUGAGUAUACAAAACAUUAACAUUAAGAACACCUGCUCUUUCCAUGACAUAGACUGACCAGGUGAAUCCAGGUGAAAGCUAUGAUCCCUUAUUGAUGUCACUUAUUAAAUCCACUUCAAUCAGUGGAGAUGAGGUCUACAGACAAUUGAGACAUGGAUUGUGUAUGUGUGCCAUUUAGAGGAUGAAUCAGCAAGACAAAAUAUUUAAGUGACUUGGAGUAUGAUGGAGUAUGAUAGUAGGUGCCAGGUGCACCGGUUUGCGUCAAGAACUGCAACACUGCUGGGUUUUUCAAGCUCAACAAUUUCCCGUGUGUAUCAAGAAUGGCCCACCAGACAACUUGACAUAACUGUGGGAAGCAUUGGAGUCAACAUGGGCCAGCAUCCCUGUGGAACGCUUUCGAAACCUUGUAGAAUCUCCGAAAAUGUUCCUAAUGUUUGGUAUACUCAGUGUACAUCAGUCCCUCAGCUCAAACCUGUAACGUCAACUGAACCCUUGUUUGAAUAUGGUAAAACUGUUCCUCGUUCAAUUAUAUCAUUUUAAAAGAAACAUUGAACAUCUAAUAGUCAAAUCAUAGUGUAAAAGCAAAUGAGUUGGUUCUACUCUUUUUGGCAAUUUUCUGGUGUUUUGUGGUGGAAAACUGAGCAUGUCGAGCAUAACACGUUCUAACAAGUUCAAAUGUUUUGGUAGGCUUGUAUUCAAUUGCCCCUCCCUAUUGCACACAACAAGCUUCAAUUCCCGCAGUAACAAGGGGAGUUAUGGCUGAUUUACUUUCUCUUUAAUAGUCACUUUUAUUGUCAUUUUUCUUAAUAGUACCAUGAGAUGGGAAAACAUGUUUAUUAUGAAGUUGAACAUAUGUUCUUUAUGACAGAAUGUUAAAAUCAGGUGAAAUAGAUAUUUAUUUUUGGCAAAAUUACACUAUCCAAAAGACACUCUAUUUGUUGAAUGACACAUAGUGCCUUUAGUUGUAAUCAGCCUGAGAUCAGAAGAAGGCUUCAAGAAGCUAAUUUAUUUAGCUAAACCACACAUAUAUAGCUAUAUUGCUCUGUCACUUUGAUCUGCUGAUCUAUCUCUUGUAGUUAUAUGAACUCAUACCUGCCCUGAGGGCCCUACCCUUGCCCUUCAAGAAAGCCUUCCACAUCUAUGAUGAAAUCAAAGAACAUGCACAGAAGGCUGUGACCCGCCACAAAAGUUCAAGGGUCACAGGAGAACCCAGGGACCUCAUUGACUGCUACCUUGACCAGAUUGACAAGGUAACUAAUCAGGAGAGAAAUAGAACUAUGCAAGUUCAGUAAACAGACAGACAUUUUUCAAAGUCAAACUUAGUAGUUGUGUUGUGCUGGCGCUCUAAACAAAAAUUGGGUGCUCAGUCCUAGGAAUGUGUCUGUGUCUGUGUUUGUGUUUGUUUGUGUAUGUCUCAGACUGGUGAUGGAGGCUCCACAUUUAAUGAUGUUCAGAUGGUGUUUCUACUAAUUGAUCUUUUCAUUGCUGGGACAGACACCACUUCCAACACCCUCCGCUGUGCCAUUCUACACCUGAUGACCAACCAACACAUACAGGGUGAGUAAAUACACAUACAACACACAUACUGGUACACAUUUUGUGUAUGGUACACAAAGACUGUGUGUGUUCCAGAACGCUGUCACUGGGAAAUUGAGGACGUUAUUGAGGGACGUUCAUAUGCCUCGUUUGAGGACCGACACGCCAUGCCGUAUGUUCAAGCCGUGAUCCACGAGUCACAGCGGAUGGCUGACACUGUUCCUCUUAGCGUGUUCCAUAUGACCUCCUGCAACACGCAACUACACAGCUACCAGCUGCCCCAGGUGAGCAUUGACAUGACAACUGAUACUGUUACAUAACCGAUUAACUAGCCUACUGAUUUUGCUACACUCGUUAUGUCUAGGUGUCCUAGGCCUAGCUAAAUGGUCUGUAACCUAAUUUAAUGUGUGCGUUAAUGUGAGAAGUAAACGUAUCCGGACCAGGUGUUGAAUGCAUGUGCCCCAGGAGACAGCCAAGUUCCGAGUUCAGGGCCAGCUCCGUCUUGACCUCUUGAGUCUGCCAGCCCAAGCGGAUUAUCAGUUGUUGUUCAAAGUGGUGACCAAAAUACAUACACACUACCAGUCAAAAGUUUGGACACACCUACUCAUUCAAGGGUUUUUCUUUAUAUUUACUAUUUUUUACUUUGUAGAAUAAUAGUGAAGACAUCAAAACUAUGAAAUAACACAUAUGGAAUCAUGUAGUAACCAAAAAAGUGUUAAACAAAUCAAAAUAUAUUUUAUAUUUGAGAUUCUUCAAAUAGCCACCCUUUGCCUUGAUGACAGCUUUGCACACUCUUGGCAUUCGCUCAACCAGCUUCAUGAGGUAGUCACCUGGAAUGCAUUUCAAUUAACAGGUGUGCCUUCUUAAAAGUUAAUUUGUGGAAUUUGUUUCCUUCUUCAUGUGUUUGAGCCAAUCAGUUGUGUUGUGACAAGGUAAGGGUGGUAUACAGAACAUAGCCCUAUGGACCAAGUCCAUGUUAUGGCAAGAACAGCUCAAAUAAGGAAAGAGAAACAACAGUCCAUCAUUACUUUAAGACAUGAAGGUCAGUCAAUACGGAACAUUUCAAGAACUUUGAAAGUUUCUUAAAGUGCAGUCGCAAAAACCAUUAAGUGCUAUGAUGAAACUGGCUCUCAUGAGGACCGCCACAGGAAAGGAAGACCCAGAGUUACCUCUGCUGCAGAGGAUACGUUCAUUAGAGUUACCAGCCUCAGAAAUUGCAGCCCAAAUAAAUGCUUCACAGAGUUCAAGUAACAGACACAUCUCAACAUCAACUGCUCAGAGGAGACUGCGUGAAUCAGGCCUUCAUGGUCAAAUUGCUGCAAAGAAACCCCUGCUAAAGGACACCAAGAAGAAGAAGAGACCUGCUUGGGCCAAGAAUCAUGAGCAAUGGACAUUAGACCGGUGAAAAUGUGUCCUUUGGUCUGGAGUCCAAAUUGGAGAUUUUUGGUUCCAACCGCUGUGUCUUUGUGACGCGGUGUGGGGGAACGGAUGAUCUCCACAUGUGUAGUUCCCACCGUAAAGCAUGGAGGAGGAGGUGUUAUGGUGUGGGGGUGCUUUGCUGGUGACACUCUCUGUGAUUUAUUUAGAAUUCAAGGCACACUUAACCAGCAUGGCUACCACAGCAUUCUGCAGCGAUACGCCAUCCCAUCUGGUUUGGGCUUAGUGGGACUAUCAUUUGUUUUUCAACAGGACAAUGACCCAACACACCUCCAGCCUGUGUAAGGGCUAUUUUACCAAGAAGGAGAGUGAUGGAGCACUGCAUCAGAUGACCUGGCCUCCACAAUCCCCCGACAACCCAAUUGAGAUGGUUUGGGAUGAGUCGGACGGCAGAGUGAAGGAAAAGCAGCCAACAAGUGCUCAGCAUGUGUGGGAACUCCUUCAAGACUUGGAAAAGCAUUCCAGGUGAAGCUGGUUGAGAGAAUGCCAAGAGUGUGCAAAGCUGUCAUCAAGGCAAAGGGUGGCUAUUUGAAGAAUCUCAAAUAUAAAAUAUAUUUUGAUUUGUUUAACACUUUUUUGGUUUCUAAAUGAUUCCAUAUGUGUUAUUUCAUAGUUUUGAUGUCUUCACUAUUAUUCUACAAAGUAGAAAAUAGCAAAAAUAGAAAAACCCUUGAAUGAGUAGGUAUGUCCAAACUUUUGACUGGUACUGUAUAUGCAAAAAGGGUUCUAAGGUCACCAGUGGCAGCAUAUUGUUAUGAUAUGGGGAGUGGUUUAGUGGUAGCACAUAGACAGUUCACACUACCACUUCCACACCUCAUCCCUAGGGCACUGCAGCAACCGGGUCCUUGAUAAGCACAACAGUGCAGGCAUUCAAGGGCAUAGUUAAUCCGUGAGAGAGGUGGCUAUGGAGCUUCUCGGCCUGCUAGUCUUUGUUUUGUUUUAGUUAACCUCUUUAUUUUUGGACAUGUAUUUUGGUAAGUGUCCUGGGCUAGAGUGAGUGAUGUCAUGAUGGGUAAAGAAUGUAGGCUAUACCUGAGAUAUCAUCUGUGUAACCUCCCCAUUUCUCAGUCAUUUGAGUACAUCUCCUUCUCUAGUUCUCACCCUAACUACACUUUCCUCUUCGGUUCCAGGGCACGAUGGUGAUUCCUAACCUGUCCUCUGUGCUCCAUGAAGAGGGCCAGUGGAAGUUCCCUCAGGAGUUCAACCCUGACAACUUCCUCAACGAGGAUGGCGAGUUUGUGAAACCAGAGGCCUUUCUGCCAUUCUCAGCAGGUACAGAGAGAGAGGUAGAGCGAGAGCGAGAGAGAGAAAGAGAGAGAGGAUGCAUAGAGACUGAACAAGAGAGUUCGUGUUGAUAUAAGAUAUAUAAGAGUGUUUAUACAGUGCAUUCGGAAAGUAUUCAGACCCCUUGACCUUUGACAUUUUGUUACGUUACAGCCUUAUUCUAAAAUGUAUUAAAUAUUUUUUUCCUGAUCAAUCUACAUUCAAUACCCCAGAAUGACAAAGCAAAAACAGGUUUUUAUAAAUUUUAGCACAUUUAUUAAAAAUAAAAAAGAUAAAUACCAUAAUUAUGUAAGUAUUCAGACCCUUUGCUAUGAGACUCGAAAUUGAGCUCAGGUGCAUCCUGUUUCCAUUGAUCAUCCUUGAGAUGUUUCUACAACUUGAUUGGAGUCCACCUGUGGUAAAUUCAAUUGAUUGGACAUGAUUUGGAAAGGCACACACCUGUCUAUAUAAGGUCCCACAGUUGACAGUGCAUGUCAGAGCAAAAACUAAGCCAUGAGGUCGAAGGAAUUGUCCGUAGAGCUCAGAGACAGGAUUGUAUCGAGGCACAGAUCUGGGGAAGGGUACCAAAAAAUUUAUGCAGCAUUGAAGGUCCCCAAGGACACAGUGGCCUCCAUCAUUCUUAAAUGGAAGAAGUUUGGAACCACCAAGACUCUUCCUAGAGCUGUCUGCCCGGCCAAACUGAGCAAUCAGGGGAGAAGGGCCUUGGUCAGGGAGGUGACUAACAACCCGAUGGUCACUCUGACAGAGCUCCAGAGUUCCUCUGUGGAGAUGGGAGAACCUUCCAGAAGGACAAUCAUCUGUGCAGCACUCCACCAAUCAGGCCUUUAUGGUCGAGUGGCCAGACAGAAGCCACUCCACAGUAAAGGCACAUGACAGUCCGCUACGAGUUGGCCAAAAGGCACCUAAAGGACUCUCCGACCACGAGAAACAAGAUUCUCUGGUUUGAUUAAAUCAAGAUUGAAGUAUUUGGCCUGAAGGCCAAGCAUCACGUCUGGAGGAAACCUGGCACCAUCCCUACGGUGACGCAUGGUGGUGGCAGCAUCAUGCUGUGGAGAUGUUCAGCGGCAGGGACUUGGAGACUAGUCAGGAUCGAGGGAAAGAUGAACAGAGCAAAGUACAGAGAGAUCCUUGAUGAAAACCUGCUCCAGAGCGCUCAGGACCUCAGUCUGGGGCGAAGGUUCACCUUUCAACAGGACAACAACCCUAAGCACACAGCCAAGACAAUGCAGGAGUGGCUUCGGGACAAGUCUCUGAAUGUCCUUGAGUGGCCCAUCCAGAGCCCGGACUUGAACCCGAUCGAACAUCUCUGAAGAGACCUGAACAUAACUGUGCAGCGACGCUCCCAAUCCAACCUGACAGAGAUUGAGAGGAUCUGCAGAGAAGAAUGGAGAAACUCCCCAAAUACAGGUGUGCCAAGCUUGUAGCGUCAUACCCAAGAAGACUCAAGGCUCUAAUCGCUGCCAAAGGUGCUUCAACAAAGUACUGAGUAAAGGGUCCCAAUACUUAUGUAAAUGUGAUAUUUUAUUUAUUUUUUAUUUUAUACAUUUGCGAGACUUUCUAACCUGUUUUUGCUUUGUCAUUAUGGGGUAUUGUGUGUAGAUUUAUGAGAAUGAUGGAGGUCACUGUGUUCUUAGGGACAUUCAAUUCUGCAGACAUUUUUUGGUACCCUUCCCCAGAUCUGUGCCUCGACACAAUCCUGUCUCAGAGCUCUACGGACAAUUCCUUCGACCUCAUGGCUUGGUUUUUGCUCUGACAUGCACUGUUAACUGUGGGACCUUAUGACAGGAUUGUGCCUUUCCAAAUCAUGUCCAAUCAAUUGAAUUUACCACAGAUGGACACCAAUCAAGUUGUAGAAACAUCUCAAGGAUGAUCAAUGGAAACAGGAUGCACCAGAGCUCAAUUUCGAGUCUCAUAGCAAAGGGUCUGAAUACUUAUGUAAUUAAGGUAUUUCUGUAUAAUUUCUAAACACCUGUUUUUGCUUUGUCAUUCUGGGGUAUUGUGUGUAGAUUGAUGAGGAAAAAAACAAUUUAAUCAAUUUUAGAAUAAGGCUGUAAUGUAGCAAAAUGUGGAAAAAGUAAAGGGGUCUGAAAACUUUCCGAAUGCACUGUAUGUAGAAAAGGCUUGUCCACCAUGUUUAUUACAGCAUGUGUAUGAGGGUGUUGUCAACAUAAAUAACUGUGUGUGUGUGUUUGUGUGUUUGUGUUCCUCAGGCUCUCGUGUAUGCCUGGGAGAAGGGUUAGCGCGCAUGGAGCUCUUUCUGAUACUGGUGACCUUGCUUCGACGUUUCCAAUUUGUCUGGCCUGAACAAGAAGGUGCGCCUGACUUCCGCCAGAUUUUUGGCAUAGCACAGGCGCAAAAACCCUACCGCCUGGGAGUGCGCCUGAGGAGCAGCCAGUGAUGGUGAACUACACACAGUUUUCACUUAGGGUCAAUAUCACUAAAGCAGC